AUGUCUAUCUCAGCAGAAACUGAUGGGCUGCGGUCAUCAUACAGAACCGUCUCUUCUCCUCCGCCUGUAACAGACUCGGCUAUGUUGCGGCCAAAUUCCGUUAAUCGCGUAUCUUCAAACUCGAUGAACAUUCUAAGCCCAAGCGACAUUGUAGGACCGUCCCCUGUGACUUCUAAUGGGACAGAAACCACUGAGAUUGAAGACGACGCUUUAGAAGAUGUCGAACAAACACACUAUGGAGAUAUGUCGCAGAGCUCCGAACUUCUCAUGCUCUCCACAAAUUUGCCCGAGAAUUUUCGGCAGGCAAGUGGUGAUGAGGCUGUCUCAGUCAUUCAUGCACCUGAGAGCUUUGCUAGUUGGGUGGGUGUUUCAUUUUCCACGGUUGAGAUGUUUCCAUUGUUAAUAUCUUGGUUUUUAAACAUCUACCAGACCUCCACAGAGUCCACGGCUCAACAAAGCCAGCCUAGCGAUCGGUCCUUCUCCGGGAGAGAGGAGGAAAACUCGGCUGCACUUAGUAGUCCUAUGCAAAAGGCAAGUCGACGUCCCAUAUCACAGCCCCCUCGGCCCCCUAUCUCGACGGAUGUAAAGCCAGUUCGAUACAGUAUUGACAGCGCAACUCCCCGAGCCCAGGACCUUCAAGAUAUGUUAGGUGAUGGGAGCCGGUUGAGAUCCAGUAGUACUAGUAGCCUCGAAAAGAUCGAUGAACAAACUGAGGCCGAAGAGGACGACGACGGCAACGAUGACUAUUCCGCUGCUCCAUUCUUACGGCCUGCUGACGAUGAAAUUACAGCUCUUAGGGCAGCGCUCAAGGAGUGUUGGACACUCUGCAACACACUGGCUAGCCUUAGUGCAAUCCACAGAGCACGAGUGUUCUACAGUUCUGGGACACCCGACGCUCACGAGAAGGCUUGGAAAACUUGCUGGAAGCUUUGCCAGCGUCUUUACGACAACCAAGAUGAAGACCUGGCUUCUCACAAUGUGAGAAUGAACUUGGAACUAUGUCGAGACUUUUGUCAAGCUCUUUUUGAUGUCCGCCAAAAGAAAGAUGAGACUUCGGACUCGGUGCUUCGCGUGAGCUUUGAGCUGAACAAUCACCUUUACAGCGCUCAGGAUAGUAGGAAGCUACCAGAACCGUUCAGGGAGAGAACUCUCGACUUUUACAUCACACUUUGCCAUCGCCUGAUGAAACAGCGUAGUGAAUUAGCAGAAGAGACAGAUCAUCUCCUAAGCGCGUGCUGGACCUUGGCUGAAAUGCUGUUUAGUCUUCGCCAAAAUAAGCGAGAUGGAAAUCCGGUGGAUGAGGAAUUACUUGGGUCAGCUGUCCAGGCAUGCUGGGAUCUUUGCGACAUUUUCAGAGAUGGUUGGACCCAGAUUCGCCCUGACAGAAAUACCCCAAGGCCAAGUCAGACAAGCUUUUUCCCUCAACAACCUAUAGAGCAAUCAGGCAGAGAAAGCCGACAGUCAAAUCGCUCAUCGUUGCACUCCAAAAGGGAAAGUGUUAAAAGCAGCCAUCAGGAGGAGCGGCCACGCGAACCGCCACCAGUUCCAGAAACUCCUGUGACCGAGUUUGAAGACACUCCUAUCUCUCCAGAAAGUCGAUCUCCCCAGAUGCCCAACAUUAUGGUGCUCGGUACCCCCAGCGAUACGGGUCUUGGGGGGAGAUGGUCGAGCAACACAUCCAACAUUUCCAGCUAUUCGCGGGGUAGUAAUCGAACUUCGAGCACAGCAACCACAACUACUGCAACAGAAGAUCCUAAUAUUUCAAGAUCAAAGCUGCUUGUUCUCCGAGCGGCCAUGAACAUAGGAUUUAAUCGGGACGCUAUCCAAGAUCCUAUGUCCGAGUCCACAGUGCUGCACAAGUUUGUUCAAGGUUUACCUGCAGGCUCCUUCGGCUCCCUAUCUAGUCAUGCCACGCUCCUGCAGCAGUAUAAAAGCUCUGUUCUAUCAGACAAAUUCCUUCCACGGAACCACGCCUUGCCCGUUCGUGGAAAACGGGUGAUGGCUCAGGACAUGGCGAAGAGUGUCCUGGCCAUGAGCAAUAGUUCUCCACGAUAUGCCUACCUCCGCGACCUUUUCAAGUUUGUCUUUCAAUUUGGCGUCGAUGAAGCUGAAUCACGAAGAAACGUCAGCAUCGCCAUCUAG